AUGUCCCCCUACCUACCGCAAGAGAUUUUGUCCCUCAUCGCCCAACAUCUGGUCGAAGAGGAUGAUCAUAAACUAACACCGUACACACUGGUCAACAAAUCCUGGCAGGCCGCUUUUGAGAGACAAAUAUACGCUUCUGUGAUUGUUUUGAGUCCCUCUGACGUGACAAUCGUGACGAUCGAAUCCCCAGAGCGAGAGGAAGACCGACACGUAGAGCGACUCGAAAAGCGAGGUUUGAGUCUCGCCAGACUCGCCGAGAUCACUACCGGCCCACAGCGCUGGCGACGAGCAAGACGCACAUACAUUCAACGCAUCUUAUACAGAGUGGCCGUGCUCUACUGGAUAGAUCCGAUACGAUAUGAUGGUGCUCAUGAAACCAAUUGGGAUAGCGCGUGGCGCCGUGAGAACAACAGAGCCUUCACGGAAGGUAUACGCAGUUUAUUCGAUCACCUCUCCAAGUGGACGGACCACGGCCCAGAGAGUAUGCGGGUCGAAACUGAAUUCGACACGCUGGUACCACCUUACAGUGCGGAACUCUUGCCUGACACUCACUUGCCCAAAGCAAAGUGUGUGACAUCUCUGAACUUUCCCAGAAUCUACCUUCCCGGCAUGAUCCCUGGACCUGGUGUCGACGAAGACGGUUGUCGCAACAACCCUGAGAAUGGGGUGUUGUUGCCUACAGUCGUCCAGAUCGCAUCAGCUUGUGGUGCACUGCGAAGGAUAAAACUCGAUGGUGAGUAUGGAAUCUCAUAUGCAAGUCAUGUCCUGCGCAUGCAAGUCCGGGAUAGAACUGCAGCUGCUCUGGCCCAGCUACCUCUAAGCAUCCAACACGUCGAGUUCGUCGGCGAUUGGCCCUGGCAUUCCUACGGCUGCGAUGGUCCACUCCACGAGCCGACUUUUCACACGCUGGAUACUCUGUGCAUUGCUUUCCGCGACAUCUCGACACGUUUGACAUCCUUGCACAUCAAGGAUGAAGCAAUCUUCUCCGAGCUCUUUUGUCUGGAUGGCACACCGGCACUGCUGAGCGACGAGUUGCAUUGGCCAUACCUGGAAACCCUGCAUCUAGAAUGCGCCUGGAAACUCCAAGACUGUUUCGUAGACAUGCAGAGAUAUGCGGAUGAUGAUGGCAGAGAUGACAGUCCAUCUACACGCUACAUCGAAGACUUAAUCGAAAGUCUUGGAUCUGCGGUUCAGAGGAUGCCGAGGCUGAAAAGUGCGGUUUUGAAAUCACAUUUUCUUGAGAGGUACCAGCCACAUGGCCUUAACCUUUGUUUUCGCAACGAUGGGGGAUGUAUGUUAUCGUUGAGUGUGUACGAGGAUGGCGUUUAUGAGCCUUCGAUGCGUGUUCUUGAGGCUUGGAAGAUUGAUAGGCAGGAUUUGCAAUUCCGCACUGGUAUCGUUCCAAAAGGUAUUGAUGGGACAGGCAUUGGGAGAAAGUAUUGGGAAGCUACGUAUUCAUCGUGGCCACCUCCAUGA